AUGUUCAACAAUGUUGAUCUCUCUGUUUCCUCAUAUGAUACCUCUUGGGUGGCCAUGGUCCCUUCUCCGAAUUCCCUGAAGGAUCCUUUUUUACCUGAAUGCCUAAAUUGGUUAUUGGGUAACCAACACCAUGAUGGUUCAUGGGGUAAUUUCCGUCCCUUGUUAAAAAAGGAUGCUCUCUUAUCUACUUUAGCAUGUAUCCUUGCACUAAACCGAUGGAGCGUUGGUCAAGAACAAAUUAACAAGGGGCUACAUUUCUUUGAGUCAAAUUUAGCUUCAGCUGCAGAUGAAGAGCAACAAUCGCCUGUUGGAUUUGAUAUAUUUCCUUCUAUGAUUGAAUCUGCAAUGAAUUUGGAUAUGAAUCUUCCCCUGCGAGGAUCAACCCUAGACGCUAUAUUUCACAGGAGAGACUUGAGCUUCAAAGGUUAUGGAAGCAACUCAGAGGGAUGGAGAGCCUUCCUAGCAUAUACUUCAGAAGGAAAUGGAAAGUUUCAGGAUUGGGAGACGGCCAUGAAGUAUCAACAGAAGAACGGAUCCUUGUUUAAUUCCCCAUCAACCACAGCUGCUGCUUUUACUCAACUUAAGAAUCCCAGUUGUCUUACGUAUUUAUGCACACUCUUAGAAAAGUUUGGGAAUGCAGUCCCAACAAUUUAUCCUCUAGAUAACUAUGCUCGCCUUACUAUGAUAUCCAGUCUUGAAAGUUUGGGUAUUGAUCGACAUUUCAGGGCGGAAAUUACAGGUGUACUGGAUGAAACAUACAGAUUCUGGCUGCAGGGAGAUGAAGAUAUAUUUUCAGAUGCUGCCACUUGUGCAAUGGCAUUUCGACUCUUACGUGUUAAUGGAUAUGAUGUUUCUGCAGAAGAUUGCUUCUUCAAUUCCCUUGGAGGAUACUUGAGGGAUGUUGGCGCUGCGUUAGAAUCGUUUAGAGCUUCAGAAAUCACCCUACAUCCUCAUGAAUCAGUUCUGGAGAAAAUAAAUUACUGGAUGCGUCGCUUCCUGAAACAAGAAUUAUCCUCUAAUUUAAUUCAAGCGCAUAGACUCAAUAAGCAUAUUGGCCAAGAGGUGGAUCAUGCUGUUAAGUGUCCUUACCAUGCAAACUUGGGUCGGUCGUCAAUCAGGAAAGUUAUAAAGCAUUACAACGCAGAUAGUACAAGGAUUCUAAAAUCUUCUUACAGCCUCUUCCCUCCCGAACUAUCAGACGCCCGCAUGUCAUGGGCCAAAAGUGCAUUUCUCACAACUGUGGUUGAUGACUUCUUUGACAUCGGAGGUUUGGCAGAGGAACUGGUAAACCUUAUACAAUUGGUCGAGAAGUGGGAUGUGAAUGCAAGUGUUGAUUGUUGUUCUGAGCACGUUCAAAUUAUAUUCUCAGCAGUUAGGAGCAUAAUUAGUGAGAUUGGAGUCGAAGCUUUCAAAUGGCAAGGACGCAGUGUGACAAAUCAUGUAAUUGAGAUUAUAGAGGUGGAAUGGUGGAUGAUGGGUGAAGGUGAGGACCUUCAGCAUAUGUGUGAAGAUUUGGGCAAGCAAUAA